AUGUCGGAUCCCGGUGGUCGUGUGGCAUGUCGGGCGGCGGUGGACCGACCGGUGGUGGCGGGGGGGGGGGUCAUCGAACUCCAGCACAACAACCUCUACAAUCCGGCGAGUCUACGGAGCGGUUACCCGGGCGGACAUAACGUACCUGGCGCGCAUCAGUUUUCGCAUCAGGUCGGCUCGCUGGCGGCGCAUCAAGGUUCCGGGCCCGGCAGCGGGAAUCAACAGCACGCGGACGCGGGUUUUCCCAGUCCCAGAUCGCUCGCCGGAUAUCCGUUCGCGCCCAUGCACCAGCACAACGCCUACGGAUAUCACAUUGGAACGUACCCCCAGUGCCCCUCGCCGCCCAAGGACGGUGAGUACCCCAACUACCUCUCGCCAUUGGGUGAUAAAAGCGGAAGCCUCGUCGAUGAGCUCGGCGGUGGUGGCGGGGGCCUGCAAUUGCAGCAGCUCAACAGGCGGUUUCAGAGAACGCAGUACCUCGCGCUACCGGAAAGAGCGGAGCUCGCGGCUAGCCUCGGACUCACGCAAACGCAGGUGAAAAUCUGGUUCCAAAACAGGAGGAGUAAAUACAAGAAGAUGAUGAAGGCAGCGCAACAAAGUGGGGGUGGCGGUGGUGGUCAGCAUGGCAGUCUUCUGGCCGGUCAACCCGGAAGUCUCAUGCAAGGAGGGGGCGGAAGUUCCGUGUCGGGCAGCCCGACGACGGGUUACCUCGGCGGCAUGGGCGGCGGGGGUGGCGGUCACACCCCCGGGAGCUCGAGCCCCGGAAGCGAGAUGUCGCCUCAGCACAACGAGAGCCCACCGGCACCCUCCUGGCCGGGUGAGAUGAAGCACCAUCCGCAUCCACACGCGCCGCCCCAUUCCCAUCAUCACCCGCACACGGCCGGGCAUCAUCCACCGCCACCGCCACCGCCGCCACAUCACGCGGGUUACAUGCCGCAGUACUCUUGGUAUCAGGCGGAUCCCAACCCCGGACUACUCACGGUAUGGCCAGCGGUUUAACGAAGAUGUCCCUUGAACUGACAAUGAGUUUAGGUGUGCCACUUCUUCGUGGCGCUGC